UUAGUUGUCCUUUUCACCACAAAAGUUGAUCAACUUAGUAUACUCUCUCUCUCUCUCAAAUGGCAGAAGAAGCAAAGCCUAAAUGGGAAGGCAAAGCCACUGCAAAGCUCAAAGGCCUAGCAGCAUCACAAGUAUGGCCUCUCCUAGAGGAUUUUUGCAGCUUUAACAAAUGGAUUCCCACCAUUGAUACAUGUUACCAAGUUGAGGGAGUCAAUGGACAACCUGGACUUUUUCGGUACUGCGCCGCCACAAUAUCGUCAUCAUCGGAUGGCAGUGAGAAGUCCAUAAAGUGGUGUCACGAGAAAUUACUCGAAAUCGACCCGAUCCAACGUUGUCUAAGCUAUGAAGUGUUGGAUAAUAAUUUGGGAUUCAAGUCAUCUGUAUCAAAAAUGGAAGUAUUGCCAACCGAUGGUGAUGAGCAGCACGGGUGUGAGAUCGAAUGGUCAUUUGUCGCUGAUCCAGUCGAAGGAUUGACUUUUGAAGGUUUGUUGGCUUAUUUUGACUCUUCCCUUCAAGGCGUGGCAGAGAAUAUGGAGAAAGCAUUACUAUCCACUUGAAUCGUAUAUGUACCCAUUAUUAGCAAUUGCUAAUGGACUAUGUUCAUUUGUGUUUUAUUUCGAGUUGAUAUGGUUUAGAAAUCUUCUGCUGUUACUGUUCUUGGACUUGUAGGAGUAAGUGGACUCCCUCCACUUGUUAAUGUUCAAUGUUUGGUGUUAGUGUCAUCAUAUGAUGUUUUGGAAUCUUGUCGUGUUUAUAUUAUCUAGUCCAAAUAUGAGUAACUUUU